GGAUCGCUGAGCUUAAAAGGGAACGGCUUUUGUUGUAUUUGAUUGUGUCAAUACUUCAGUGGAAGGGCACAGAUGUUUGUAGAUCAGCUGAACCAGGUGGACAAACGCGCAAAGUAUCGUGGGUAAGAAAAACUACAAAGGCUUCAUCCACCACAGAGGUUCGUGCCCAGCAAAAUUUUUAGAUUUUCCUCACGUCACGUAGACCCACAGACAAGCUCUUCUUCGGCCGUGAUGAAAUCGUGGUAGGAUGCCUUGAGCAAGAUGCUACUGUAACGUAUUUUUAUCGACCAUGGUUAAGUUGAACGGGAUAAAAGAUCAAAGGACUGCCGAUUCUAAUUCGGCGCCAACUUCGAGCAGUGAUGCUGCUUUGAUAUGUUUUAUUUGCGGCGCUUCAAAUGCCAACUGGCCUGUCUACUGCAGAACUCGAAAUUCGGAGAAAAUGCCGUUUUUCCCGUUCUUGGAAUACCAUGAACCAGCCGAGGGCGCUCGGCCGAUGGACAGAGAAAAUGGACGUGUAGAUUCUUGUACAGUGUGUUUUUCAUUUUUGACCCAACAAUGGCACGCUUUCGAAGCUAACGAAACGCCUGUAAUUAAGCGGAUGUACUGGCUUAAGAGGUCGGGACCUGACACAAGCAGUGAAAGAGCUCAAAGCCCUGUAUUUAGCAGUCAAAUGAGAGGAGAAGUAUCCGGGAAUAAUAGAAACACAAACGGAGCUGAAGAGAUGGCGGAAGAAAUGGUUACUCAAUGCGAUGAGCCCACAGACAACACCAGUGCUACAGCUACGUCUGCAAUUGAGAGCAUUAGUCCGAUCUCUGAGGAUUCAACUGUACCUUUGGGAGAAAAUGCCGCGCUCGCUAAUAUGUCUGGCUCCCGACUUUCGUCUGGUUUAGAGACGUGUUACAUCUGCAGCAGAAGAAAACCUAAAGAAUUUAUGAGAAGCGUUCACACAAGACCUCAGCUAAAGACAGAGACCCCGUUUUAUCCUUGCCUCGCCAAGCAUGCGCCUCCCUCAAUGGCAAAACAAAUGGACUACUUAGGAAAAGUGCUUGUUUGUGAGGCUUGCCAAAAAUUCUUGUUCCGACAGUGGCAGGUCUUCCAGAAAAAUUCAACUCCACUUAGUGAGAGACAGUACCAAUUGAGAUCUGACCCCUCCCUCCCCAGGGAACAGCAAUCCCAAUUAUCAACUAUGGUGUGUUUUAUUUGUGGAGUUACACAACCUGCAACAUCGGGUAGAUUUCUCUAUUCGCGAAAGCACGCUCCUGGACAUCCUUACUAUCCAUUCUUAAACAACCUGGUUACGCCCGAGGGUGCAAUGCCGCUUACAAAACAAGGGCUUACUAGGGCUUGUAGUGGAUGCCGUAAGUCACUCAUUAGGCAGUGGAAGCAAUUUGAAGCUAUUGGGGUUGAAGAAGAAAAGAGGGAAUACAGGAUUCGCAAUGAUGUGAUGGUCCCAUCAAAAGAGUCAUCUAGGAUAUCAGUAAAUUUAGCUUGUUAUACAUGUGGCCAGUACUGCUCCGAGACUGAUUUACAGCCUGUUCACUCAAAACCAAACACCAAUCUCUUAAAAGAAAGUUUUUAUUUUCCUUUCUUAGCUUCGCUUAAACCCCCAAAAGACUGCCGACCUUUAGAUGCAGAAGGACGGACUUUUAUCUGCAAGAAAUGCAGCAAGCAUCUAACUACAGAAUGGGAAGAAUUUGAAAGACAAAAUGUGCCUCAAGAAAAACGUUCUUAUUUGUUCAAAUUUAGAACUGUUUCGACAGCAGAUGUGGAAUUUUCUUCAGUUUGUUUUCUUUGUGGUGUUGCGGUGAACGCAUCUGUUACCUUCAAACUUUUUUCAUACCCUCACAGUGGAAAAGGCAUUCAUGAUGGUGGGCCCUUCUUCCCUUUUCUGUCGUCUCGAGAACCGGCGCAUAAUGCUCAGCCUAUAGAUGGCGAAGGCACGGCAUUGACUUGUGAAAUAUGUUAUAACAACUUGAUGGUGCAAUGGAAUGUGUACGAAAAUUCAGACAUCCCAGAGGAAUCAAACAGGUGGUUACGAAAGUAUAUGGUUGCAUCUGUUACCUGUUAUCUUUGCUGUCAACAAAAUUCAAGGGCUUCUGCUGGAGCUGUGAAUAAACAACUCAUAACAUUUCCUUUACAUCACCAACCACCAAAAACUGGAAUUGUGCUCAAAAAUGGCAGAGAUGUUGUUUUGUGUGGCAAUUGCCAGAGAGAAGUGAGAAGAGAUCUGGAAGCCAUGGAUGAUUUCAAUGAUGCAAUGGGUAUGCAGAAUAGGGAACAGAACCGUCAUGGAAGAAAUGAGGUUUGUCCUAGUGAUUAAACUUUUUUUUUGUUAGUUAUAUUGUGUUGAAGCAGUAUUUUAUUCUUAAAAAUGAUUAGUGCUGUUUCACGUUUGCUGUGCCUGAUGAAUAACAACCGAAUACUGCUACUAAUAUGGCUGGCUUGCGAUGCACUUAAAAAUAGCUUACAAGCAUUUGCAAGCAAGGUGUAGGUUGUUUUCUUUGCUUCUGCUUAUGUGGCAGGCUGACCAUAACCCAUAACCUGAUCACAGGCCUUAAAAAGAAAGUACAAGAGUAUUUCAAAUAUUCUCUUAAUAGAAAAUAACUGCACCAAAGAAUUGUUUGUUUUAUUUAGGAAAUGUGGUACAGGUAUUGUAGGUAAGUGCAAUGAUAAAUGAUUAGGCCAGCUUGGUUAAAUGGCUCUUUUACUCCUUACAAUGGCCCAAGAGAAAAAUUUAUUUAUUUAGUUAUUUAUUUAUCACAAUUUAAUGGCAGCUUACAAAAAUGCAAUAAAAGCCAAAAGAAAAAUGGGAGAAGGAUAGGCUGUAAAAGCGUCAAAGACCCCAUACUCAGACAAACCACCUAGCUAUUAAGAAGUUCGAAAUAACAAAAUAUCUCAGAAAAAAAAAUCUAAAUAUUAUACAUAAUAAAUAUACAAAGAUAGAAAAAGAUAUACUAAAAUAUAUUAUGUAGGCUUAUGCAGUUAGUGUUGGUUAAGAAAUUUGUCAUACGGCGCUUAAAACUUGAGAUACCAGAAGCUGAUCUAAUGUGAAAUGGAAGUGAAUUCCACAUGUCUACAAUAUGAUUAAAAGAACUGAACUUAAACAGGUUCAUUGGAGCAUGGUUCUUCUUUAAAGUAAGGCUGUCUUUUUCUCUCAGACGGUAACUAGCGGUAUCAGAGUAGAAUUGGACAUAAUUAUGCAGACAUGUCUAUAUUAAUAUAUCCAUUCAAAGCUUUAUAAGGGAAAAAAUCAAAAUUUUCUUGGUAAAAGGUUAGGAAAUAAAUAGUGCUCAGCAACAGUCUGUCAAGGUUUUAUUAUUUUUAAUGCUAACAUUUUGGAUUUUGUCCAGGGAUUUAAAAGUUAGCAUGAGAAAUAUUGUCAUGCUUACGUGGUCCAAUAGUGAAGGGGGAAAUUUUUCAGGAAUUUUCCUCCAGAAAUCUGCCAGGGACUUGUGCUUGUAGAGCAGUUAUAGAAAAUUUCAUUGGAGCUUUUUCUGUGUAAUAUUCACAUAUUAGGUAUAUAGAAAGUCGUUUUGCAUUUAUUAUUGGCCCCAGUCCAUGUUACAUCAUUGUAAAUGUCCCUAAACUGAUUAAGCUCCAUCAGGUCAGCUAAAGUUUUGGCCCUGUCUUUCUGACAAAUAAAGGUUGUGGUUUCCAUGUGACAUUGUCAUAUUAUAAAUUUAAAAUAUUACAGAGCAUUCCAAGGUUUAAUUUCAUCACCUGUAAGACCUUCCAAGCAUCUGUCCAAGAACAGUUUCAUCUUGAUAGGGUUCUUUAAUGUGAAAUAAAGUGUGAAAAUUUUUUCCACAUUUUCGUGUCACUUAGCAUUAAGAAAGUAGCCAAGAAAUGUGGUUAAGACUGAGAUGACAAAAUUUAUACAAUGAGCUUUUGCUAUUUGAACAAUCAGUGAAUUUAAAGACGUUCGUUGUUGUUAUCUCUGUACUAGCUCUGAGGUGUUCUUCAUGCUACAACCUUUCCAGCCAGCCUCAACUUUACUUACCUUUUAGAACACUAAUACAAGAUCUCCAUAUAAAGGCCAUUUGCAUAUUAAAAAUCUCUAGUCCUAACUUUCAUGUUAUAAUAUAUUGUAUUUACAUGACGAAAAUAGAACAAAUAAGAAAAACUCCUUGUCUCAGCUUACAUGUUAUAGAAAGUUUAUACACUUUAAAUACUUGGGAAAUGUAUAUUUGAUGUUUUAAUACAUGUACAUGACUUUCCCAUGCCAUUUCAGAAAAUUCCAGUGGCCCGGCUUGCAGGCAAGGCCCUUGGUCAGCAGUUUUAGGUUAUUUUCAUGCAUGUGUCAAGUGAACAUAUAUACAGUCAAACUCCGCCAUUUCGAACUCGGUUAAUUCGAAGUCCCCGCUAUUUCGAAGGAAGAUCGAAUUCCCUUGGAUUUACCCUUCCCCUUUACGCUUCCCCGGUUAUUUCGAAACCCCGCUAUUUUGAACUUUUUUCCAUUUCCCUUGGGACUUCGAAAUAGCGGGGUUCGACUGUACUGAUGGCAGACUGUCCAACCUUUUGAGUAUGUAAAACCGGUAUGAUUUUUAAUCACUGAAGAAUCACGCAAACGCCAAAGGAGGGAGCCACUAUUUUGAAAUCUUGAUGCUCCGAAAUGCUAUUUCUAGUGUUCUGAGAGAACAUUUUUUGUCUAAAAUAUUUGUUAAAUCGAUUACCAUUUUUAUGCUUAUUUUUAUUUGCACGUUGUCAGGUGCAAGUAAUUUUUUUAUAUAUAAUAUUACGUGGGUUUUUUUUACAUUUUCUGUAUAUCAGGUUCAGUUAAGAACACUUUGAACAUUAGGUGUUUGUUUAAGAAUUCAUUUGAAAAUACCAGAACUUAUGUCAAAAUCAGAUUUUUUCUAUCCUGAUGGCAUAUUGGUCUCGCUUUUCAAGCAAAAUAUGGAGAAUACCAAUGAAAUCAGGAUGGCUGGACAGUCUGUUUUCUGUUGGAUUGUUGGACAAUCUCAUGGCUUGCACCACUUUGUGUAAGUGUAGGCAUGUGUUUUGUUAUGCUUAACCACGGCUGGACCAACACUCAGGGUCUUUAAAUUACUGAGAAGAAAGUGCCGCCUUUGUAAUGACAUCUGCAAAUGUUUAGACUUUCUAGUCUUCUUGAAUAAGGACGAAAAACUGUAGGUCCCGUCUCACAGCACUUAUACUUUUCUGGUUCUUGUAGGACAUAAAAGAACCUACACCACUGCUCAAAAAGAGUAGGAGACGUAGACCCCUCUGAUGUGGUCAACCUUCACACAUCACAUCAUUCACAUCAUAGGUUGGGUGGGUACAGUAAGCUCAUAAAUGGACUGAGAGCAGCUGCCAGUGGCACCUUUGUUUGCUGACUUCCAAGCUUACUGUUCACAUGUUAAAAUGUUUUGUAAGAGGGUACGUCUGUUGUCCUCUGAUCUACGACUCUUCAUUCAUUUCAUUUCAUUGUGAUGGGUCCUUUGGAAGUGGAAGCAUGUGGGACUCAUGGCUGGGGUGCUAAUAAGGCAGAUCACAGGGGUGUUAUUUCACUUCAGGUUUUGGAUUACAGUUUUUAUCCCUAGACACCAGGACAUCGAUCUUCCACCUUUCACUUAGACUUAGAAGGCAAUGCUUGUGGCUAAGAGGCUGUCCAUAAAUUAUGAUAAACAGUUAACUAAGAAGUAAAGCCUUGAGCUCAACUGCGAAAUUUGAACAUGUUAAUAAAGCUUACAUAGCAUAUGUAAGUUCUAUUUAUGUAGUAGGCUCAUCAUACAGUGUAGCCUGUUCACGGGACUUACGUUCAAGAAGGAGAGUACAGGAAGAAGCAAAGCCUUGAGUGCAACUGAAAUUUUAAGGAAAAUUCUUCAUCCAAUUGUAUUGCAUUUGAGAACUUUUGAGUUGAAUCUGCACCAUAAAUGUAAAUGAAAUGAUUAAUUUUCCAAAUGCAGUUUAUCUACAGCCAUCACUUUCAUGCGCUUUUGCUAAAUAACUCUCAGUUUCUUUCAUGGUAGUAGCAUUCAUUGAACCUUUAGUUAUUGCUGCUGUUAGAUCUUAAUCAGAGGAAUAAUAAUUAAAUUGGAUGCAGGGAAUCUUCUAAUAAACUCCAUCUGAUUGGAUACCCUUCAGUAUGUUUUGUCCAUAAGACAUGUUCCAAAAUAAUAGGUGCAUGUAGAUUAUAACAAGAAUAGUGGUCAAAGUUUUUUCAGAGGGUCAUUUCUGUUUUUUUUUUUGUCCAAUCAGAAGUAGCCAUACUAAAAGAAAAUGAACUUUUUUUGUGGCAAAUUACUUCUCCCCCACACCCCCCUCCCAGAAGUCACAGUUGCACGUUAUUCCUUGGCCCCUUGCUGUGUAUUUGAAUUCUACUCAUAAAGGAUGCACCCUUGGAACAUCCUCCUCUUGUGAUUGUACAGAUUUCAUCAAUGUCAAGGUCAUGAUGUAAGUGUAUGAGUGCAAGUUCUGACAACCGUUCAUCAGAGAUACGUCACAAGCCAGAGAAGGCCAAAAACAAUAGUAUUUUGUUUUUUAAUAUCCCUGGAAUUAAGCUUAGUGGCAAAAUGCAAUGUGCAUUUCAUUAAAAAAAUCAGUCGGUGAAAAAGUGUGAAGACGUAAGAAUUUUGGUCUCAAACAAGCAUCAGGUCUGAUUGGGGGUUCCAGACCCCCCAGACCCUCCCCCUGGAUCCGGCACUGUUAAAGCGUACUAUGAUAAAAAAAAUCACUUGUUUGCAAAAUAUCAUAAUGCCGAAUUUUAACCAAAUCUUUUUGUAGCUAAGCUUUUAUUUGAAUGGUCAUUCAGUAGGAAGUCAUCCAAAUAUCCUGAAUAUUUGUAGGAAUAAAUAUUUAGAAUUGAUAAUUUAAGUACCUAUUUAGAAUCAAUGUUUAUAGUUAAUAGUCUUAAUAUUUAUCAUUAAAGCAGGAUGAGAUAAAAAAAUCUGACAAUUUCUAACUGUUGCUGAAAUUUACCAGCCCGGAGCAGUUGCACAGUCCUACCAACACCCUUUUUCACGGACUUAUGUUUUACUUUAUUGUGGCAAAAUAAUGUCGCUAGCCCUUUGGACAACUCAUAUUAAAAUGUACUACCCUGAAGGGUCUUGUCACUAGCCCCAGGCUAAUGGAUGACAUUUUUGUUGCAUCCUGUAACGAGAUGACUGUAAAUAUCACUCGUUUCCUAAUUAUUAGCAAAAUUGUCUACAGUUUGUUCAAGUGUAAAAAAACUUCCUGCCAAAAAUGAAUGGUGAAUGAAGAUCAAAGUUUCAUUAAUUUUGAAAAUAAUACAGUGAAACUGUCAGUUAACAAAGCUAAAAAUCAGUAAUAGUAAAGAUCUAAAAGAUUCCAUUUAUUUCACCUUGAUUUGGUGAGAAGUGAUCCAGCUAAAAGUUUCAUUGUAUCAUUGAUUUUUUUUUUCAAGUGAAGAGAGGGUGAGUGGUCACAAGUUUUCAUGAAACAUUGUUCAAUAUUAUAAUCUUUGAUGUAAUAGAAAAAGAAAUUCCCCUUGACUCUUGACUAUUAAUGAUGAUAUUUUCCAAGAGCUAUUUAAAACAUGUCAUUUUUCCAUAAUUGAUUUUGGAAAAGGAGUGGUCUUUAUUUUUCAUUUAAAAUGUCCACAAUAAUAUUAUUGUAGUUAUAUUUAGCUUUUUUAGUGAAUUCCUGCCAGUUGUCAAUGGCAAUGUACUGUGAUCCCUGGUCAUGGUUGUUCAAACCUUGGAUAGUACUAUCCACCGGAUAAAUCACUUUCCAGCUGACAAGUAUUAGGCAAACCAAUUACACUAUCUGUUGGAAAGAGAUUUAUGCAGUGGACAGCAUAAUCCACCUUUCAAACAAUAAUUAUUGGCCUUGGCUUUUAAAGUCUGUUUUUGUUAUAUAAAAUAUAAUGUUUUUCAAUAUUACUUUUCAAAGUUAGUAUUCUUUGUGUUAUUGUCAAGGUUAAUAUUCAUGAUUGGUGAUUUAGAUACUUUGUAAGUUUUUUGAUACUUUAGGCAGCAUAGAUUUUGCCCAGGACAGUAGCUUUGUAAUAGGAUAAAAGUAUUGAAGUACAUGUAUAAAGCGAUCUCUACCUUGAGAUGCUAAUUCCUUUGUGUACUGUAAGCUGUGAAACUGGUGCCUUGGAAGUCUGUUUUCAUGGUAGGAAUUUGAAUAUUGUUUUAGUUUUUCACUAGUGGUCUUAAAUUUCAUGUAAGCUUAGAAAGAAGUAGAUUUUGAAGAAAAAAUGCAAAGUGCCUUCUUAAAAAUAUAAUGUGGAUUUUAAAUACAGGAUAUAGUCAUUAUUAUUUCUUCCUUAAUUUGUCUGUUGUAAGUUUAUUGGCAAAUAUUACUUCAUCUGUUUUCUGCAUUUUGUGUGUUUGUGCUUCUGAAAGAAUUGACUUUGUACAAUAUGUUUACUUUACUUUCACCAUUUAUGAUUUAAUUAACAUCCCCUCUUGCCAUAAGGCAAUCUCAUGCCCAGUGUGUGUAAAAUUAAUGACACAGUGUGCUUUCUAAAAAUUUGCUUUGGGCCUCUUUCAUCUGCUAGUCACACAAAAAAUGUUUACAAUGCAUUCCUUGUUUGUCAAGAUAAAAAUGAUAAUAUGAAUCCUUAGAAAUAAUGGUUUCCUGAAUUGUUUCUUCUGGCCAAGAGUAUGCACUGUAAGAUAUCAUGUUAGGAAGCCGUGAUGGUUCAGUGGUUUUUGCUUGACGUGGUUGCUGUAAUGUAUUCAACAUUUCUAGACCUCUCUGAGCUGACACAAAGAAAGUUGUUAAUGUGGUUGGUUAAUUGCAAUGAUUUGCAUAUGAAAAGGACAAUGGGGAGCAGGUGGCUUCAGAACUAAGAAACCAACACCUAAGUUUCUGAAAGUAGCUAGCUUUAUUUUAACUUAGAUUUGGCAUUUCAGUGCUUGCUUGAUAUUAUUACUGUUUCUUGGUCAUUUUUUUGGCAAGAAAUAAGGAGAUUUUAGGGCAAUCUUUUGUGUUUGUUGAUUUAAGCAUACAAGAGCAUGGCUUUGCCUCUUUCUAGCUUGCUAAAUAAAGAAGUAGUAGACUAGAUGAAUAAUUGAUAAGAGGAAAAAAUAUUGAGCUUGUCAGAGUGAGAAGUGUUUUUUUGGUGAAGAAUAUCAGAAAAUCUUGAGGAAGGUAUAUUUUUUGUUGUGCACUGUUUGAUCUCUGAGCAUAAGAAUUAUCCCUCCACACUUAGUUUAACUGUUGUUAUUAUUAUUGGCAAGUCUCAAGGGAACAAUUUGAUAUACUGAAUAAGUUUUAUUUUCGUGGACAAAAGAGAAGCAAUGGGUACCUGAAAAAAAACCUGCUAAAAUGCUUUGCAUGACAUUAACUGAGAUUAUUGUCUCCACACUUUUUGAAUUCAUGUUUAAGCUACUGUUUGGAGAGGACAUAUGGCAGCGUAUGCUAAUCAAGCCGGUGAAAAUUACUGCCAUGAGUUAGUCUUUAAGCUUGCCUCAAGCCGUUAUUAUAUCAGAAUAUAUUAGUCUGUUGAAUAUCAUUAAGAGACUUGCUACAAGGAAUCCAAAUCUCUCAUGGCAAAGUGCUGAACUUUUAUUGCUGUUUUUGAUUGUAAUCAAGAUACAGAAGUUAGAGGUAAGGCUUGAUACUUGACAGAGGUUUUUUUUGGCAGAGAAAAACAAUCAAAGUAAGCUGUUGUUUUAGACUAACUGGGCACAUGUUAAAAACAAUUCAUCUAUGAAGUUUGGCCUUUCAAGACCCAAAUGGCUUCUUUUAAUAUGUUCUUGUGAUAAUUUGUCAAUUUCUGCCUUUCCAGUGUAGAAAAGCUUAGUCUGUUUCAUUUUGAAUAUUAAGUUAGUGCUUCAGUAGCACAUGUCUGAGGCUAUCUCCAAAAUGAGGUUCUGCUUUUGUUUGUUAAUGGCUCGUAUGAAGUGAAUUAGUUGAGAGAAAGCCGAUCAUUGUUUUUAAAAAUUUGUCAGUUUAAAAUUUAUCUUUCCUGUGUCAUUGUUCUCAAAACUGGGAAUUGGCCACAUUUAUGGCUUUCUAACUUAUUACAUGAAUCAGGAUCUAAAGUGGAAGUAGCCUUUUGCAAAAGCUUUCCCUAGUUAUCAUAAUUCUACAUCAGGCAUUGCACUCAAUUCCUAUUAACAAGCAUACAAGUAAUAUAUUAUAGAAGACUUCUGGAAAUUUACUCUUUGACUAAUUUAUCUUAAAGUGGAUUUGUGGCUGUGUGGGUCACACUUGACUUAUGUCCAAACCAUGUUUUGAAAAUUACAUUUUAUUACCAAGUAAUGCAUGUUUUAUUGAAGGAAAACAUAUUGUUCUAGAAUAGCAAGUGAUGCACAUUUUUGGUUAUUAAAUAGAGUAUUGUGUGUGGAAGUAAAUUGAAGUAAUUUAGUUGAGAUUCCAACAUCAUCUUAGCCUUGGUGUUCAGACAAAAUAAUGUUUGAUUUGUUGCUGGAGUUGUAGAAAGUAAUGACUUUCAAAAGCAUAGGCAGAUGAAUGCUACCAUGAGAUUUCCUUUGUCUAGCUUGAAUUGUCAUACAUUUGCAUGUAUUUUCUAAUUUUCACAUGAGUUGUUUUAGAUACAUUGAGGUGGUUUUUCCUAGAAUUUCUCAUGCCAUUUCCAAAAAGUAGGAUUGAUAUUGAAGUUGUUGUUGUUAAUGGUGUUCUGUAUCAUGAAACAGGCUUCAGUCAGGAGGUUAUUUGGCCCUGGUUUCUUUAUGAAACAAAAACUGCUGUCUCUUUUAUUUUAUCUUUUGAUUGUGGUUAUGUUUAGGAAUUUGUCCUUUGAGACUUAAGAAGGCAUAAUCAUUGUACAACUUGCUGUAACAGUUUAUUCACUGGUUUAAAUCAAAGAUAGAUUCUCCUAUCUGUCUAUUACAUUUUUUUAUCUGCUGGUUCUGAGAGCUAUUAACCAUGAGGUGAUAUUGUUGUUUGUAUUUCAAUGUUUCUGUUGAAUUUUAGUUAUUUGAUUGCCACAUCCAAAAUAAGCUAAAUUCAAUUGAAACAGAGUCAAACGGUUAAGCUCACAUGUGUCCAGUUCCAAAUUAUACAAUGUUCGUGACCUAUUUGUUGAAUAUCAAGCAUUUAUAUUUCAUAAUUAUUGUGGUUAUUUUGUUUCUGUUUAAAUUUUUUCCUUUUUGCAGUAGGAAGUAUUGAUUUAGGAGAUCUCAUAUCGGAAAGCAACAGUGAUUCUGUUACCUCUGCGUCCUGCAUUCCAGAUGCAUAAAAAUCCCCAAAGAUGCAAAAUGAUUUGUGGCAUGCAUCCCCAUAGGAUGCAAAGAUCAAUCGAUCAAUCUGAAGAUGUUUUUUGUACAGUUGUAGAAUAUCCUGUUUGUGUGAUUUCUGUGGCUGUUCUUGUGGCUACUCUUUAACAACAAAUAUUUUUUAGUCUCUGUUGUGCUUUACAAUAGAAUGAGUAUAUUUUUAUUUCAGUACACUGUAACACAGAGUUUUGGAGUCAGAGUUAACUGCCUGGUUACAUAAAGGCCCAGUUUAGGAUUCUUUGUUUCUUGAACUGGGACUCAUUGGUUCUGGACUGUGACUCAUGAUUUUUCACAAGAUGAGUCCCAGGACUCACCAUAACUAUUUGUAACAAAAUCGCUGAAGCAGGUCCCAAUAGGGACCAACAUCACUUUUAAGCGAACAAUAUCAAUACAAAUGUACAUAAUUAAUAAAAUGGUUAUGAGAAUUAGUUAAAUGAUCACCUAAGUGAAAAUGCUUUGAUAUCUAAACAAAUCCUCUUGACUUAAGUUCUUCAAGGAAAUGCAUGGAGAUUAGUGUUGAGAAUUUGCAUGCAAGCGUAAAGGAGCAACAAAGAGAUUACAUAGAUUGUGGCCUGAAAAGCUUGCUUCAUUCCCCGAAUCCUUGCUGAAUACUCAUUUACGGUACAGAAAAACCUCUGGCCGAAAUGUAUAGCUAUUAUCCAUUUUUACUGGAAGGACGUUUUUUUCUAACGCCUCUGCCAGGCAAUCUAACGGAUACAACUAACGCUCUAACACUCUAAUGUUAACAGCUAACAGAAACAGAACUUUGGCUAAUGUGUAAACUUUUCAUUCUAACACUAUGACGUUUAAAGCUAACAGUUAUGUUGACGCCUCUGACGCUUUUGAGAAGACUUUUCUAAUGGGCAACUAACGAAUGACCAAUGGUUUUCCCCAUUUAACGGAUGAGCAUUAAAGUACGUUUUCCCGUGUACAGUCACGUAUGUGUUGUAUCCACUCAUGAAUGCUUCAAAAACUUGCAUCUCAAUAACUGGUUAUUUGGUAGUGGUGUCAACUAUUUAUUGUGCUUGUGGCGUGGAUUUGUUAAUUAGAGUAAGUGGUCACCUACAAGAGUAGGGGUGACUAUUGGGGAAAAUUUAUUUUAUUUGACUUUAUUUGCAAUAUUUUAUCACAAUAGGCCACAUGGAUAUUGCGAUAGGCACCAUUGUAAUAGUACUGCGGCGAUAGUUUUCGGAAUAUCUAUUUUUACUUAAUGCCUUACUCUAAGAAAUAACUGAGAAGUGGUGGUCAUACAAUACAGGUACCAUGCGGUUCAAGAAUCAAGACGCUAAAAGUUUCUAGGUGCACUAGGGCGGUAGUUUUCAUUUUUUUUUACCCGUUAUUGUGACCUUAUCAAAGAUGGUUUAAAAAAGGUGCUUUUAUUUUCCAAAGAAGUCAAAAUGUUAGAACUAUAGAAACUAUCGAAACUAUCAAUAGUUUGCUAUACUGUGGUGAUUGUUAUCAAUGUUUCAUUUUUGCUAUCAAUCCAUUGCUGUCACAGUGUUAAUAUCGCAAUUAAUCGAUUGGUUGAUGUACUGUUACAGCCUUAUACAAGAGGUGGUCGCGUGUGGAGCUUCGAUUGUUAGUUGUUGUUAUUAGUAUAGUUCUUCAACUCUAUAGUGCUUGUGGCUUGCCUUAUUUUGAUAGUUAGAAUAAUAUUAUAAUUGGAGCUUUGACUGUUAGUUGUUGUUGUUAACAAACAUUGUUCAAGCAUUGGAUAGUGCGAUCCACCGCGUAAAUCUCGUAUCCAGCAGAUAAGUAUUAUGGAAACCAAUACUAUCUACUGGGUAGAGAUUUAUCCAGUGGAAAGCGUUAUCCACCCUUUGAACAACUGAGGCUUGUUGGCUUGCACUAAUUUGAUGGCCAGAAUAGGUACAUAAUGUAGUCACCUACAAGAGGUGGUUGUGCAUGGAACUUUGACUGUUAGUGGUUUUUAUUAACAUUGCUCAUUUUCUUUAUUGUCUCACACUUAGAAUCUCCUUGAUAGUGGAGUUAAAGCUACAAAAACAAAGUAUUCUUCCAAGUCGCGUGUGAUAGUGAUUGACUCUAGUGAGGAGAGCGAAGAAGGGGAUGGUAGCUCAUCUCAGCUCAGAAAUAAAAGAGUGGCAUUAAACCCCAGUCACCAAAGUUCCAAUGAGUCCCCGAUGCACUUUACAACAUCAGUGUCCCCUUCGUUUCAGCCUACUUUGCACAACAAAGAAUCAACUCCUGCACCAACCGACCCGUCCAUGUCAGCAGGACAAGCCAGUUUUGCAGCAGCUCUUAGAAAAUUAGCCAAGCAAGCAAAACCGGUUCCCUCAACAACAUCAUCACCCUCUCCAUCUGAGAAUAGUUCCCACUCUGUCUCACCCAGCAUCUCUGCAGUUAGCGUAAAAAGUUCAGGUGAGAGUUAUGUGCUUAUCAGUGGCCAUUGUGGGUCAGGGGGGUCGGCCCAGGGCUACUUCUGGGCAUUUGCACAAGGAUGUUUACAAAUCCAUCUCACCCAAGAACAAUAGCUCUCCCACUGGGGAGUUUGUUCGUUUAGAUAAAGCCUCAGUCCCAAAGUGCAGUGUUAAAUAACAAGUAAAAAUUGAUUGGAAAACAAAGGUCGUGUAAUUCAAGUCGUGUAAAAACAAACUAAAAAGAGGCAAAUGGCCAUUUUCGUUGGAUUGAUAGUAAGCAAUUUUGUACCUUCCUUGACCCUGUCCAGAACCACCACCUUCUACGGGGACAUCUUGGAACGUGUUGGUCUAAAUUCUUUCUCCCAGUCCUUGUAGGGCCCAAAUGACCCUUUUUGCCUUUUUUUAUAAUUACUUUUUCCAAAUCCAAUAAAACAAUAAUGACCUGUUCAUGCUUGUUUUUUAGGAAUGUCACCAUCCCAAACUUCACCAUCAGCAAAUCAGACUGAUCGUGAGAUGAAUGCUAAAGAAAGAGGAGAUCACCAGGGUCUUGGAGCUGUGGGCAUCCGUACACCUCCUUUGCCUAAUGUCCCUCCUCUUGAUCCAGAUCACAGAAAUCAUCGGUCAGGUACGCUUUGAAAAACAUUUACUAUUUGUCUGUGGCUAGACUCUUAAAACAAAUCAAAUAUCUUUGUCCAGGUGACAGGCAAAAUAAUUUAGGUCAAAGUUAUGUAAACACUGGCAUUUGUAAUAAUGUCUCUGGCAGUCCAGUUAAAAUGAGCUGACAAAUGGCAGAAAGUCUGAGACGGAAUCCAUCAGGAAAUUGAGUUGUUUCAAUUUUCAGUGGACAAAAACCUUGUACCAGAAUAAUUUAGACAAUAUUGCAUUCUUUUUUACAUUUUUCAAGGGCUUUGGAUAUAAUUAGUUAUGUGUAAUAAUGCCAAAGGCUAUUCCCCAUAAGAACAUGAAAACACAGGUAAAAUUCAGAAAAUUUCAUUUGUAACAUGUCAUUUUGUGAAAUUUGACAUUUAUUUUCUCAGACUCUCAUAACAAAUUUUCUUUGGUGUUAUUACAGAUAACUUUGUAAAAACAAAAGUGAGAUACUGUUUAAAUAAUUAUAAUUCUGGUACAAGGUUUUUGUCUACUGGGAAUUAAAAUUACUCAAUUUCCUGAUGGAUUCCAUCUUAAUGUGUUUGGUGUACAUGUAAGUUGUAAUUACUUUGAGGUUUAAGUAACUGAGGGUUUGAGUAAUCAGGAUUCUGCUGUAUUUGGUAGCUUUUCUUUUGCUUAGUAUUCCAGAAAUAUUUUAAGGCCAAGUUUAACAAUGUGGAUCUUCUUAUGAAGUAUUUCCUUUCCAUUCAAAUCCACUUUUCCAUCUUGAAAUUCUUAUUCCGUAUUUCUGUAGAGUGCAUGAAAUUCAGAAAUUCAGCGAUCACUGGCAUGCUUGUUGAUAAUGUGUUUUUGUUAAUUUUUUUUCUUAAGGAAGAGAAAGAACUUGUUGAAUUUCUUUGCUUAUUAUAAUGAUUAAUUACUUUCUCCUUCCCUCCUUGCCCCCCAAGACCCCAAUAAAAGAAUGCUACUUCUGUGGAUAUUGUUUUGAUAAUUAAAAAAUUCACAGCUGGAAAGACUGAUUUUACCAUGAAAGUCAAACAGGAUAUUUCACCAGCUUGAAAUUUCUUCAUUCUUGAUUGUUUUGCUGCUAGUAAUGAGUCGUUUAGACAUACAGUAACGUCAAAUGGAUUACACCAGUGUUUGAUGUUCCAUACAUGUUGCUAUAUGAACUUGUAAACAUAUCUUUGUCCUUUUCUCCCCAAGGUGAACAAAACCGCGAUUCCUCUAGGGGUCCCCACAAGACUGAAGUUAGCCACCCUCGGAUGGGACAUGAGGUUUUACCAGGUGUAUUUUCAUCUGUGCCUCGAGGUAAGGACUUUUAAGCAGUAAACAAGCUUGUGAGUACAUGUAGUUUUUUUUUUAUUCUAGAAGAUAGUGAUAUAUGAUUCAUUAUUUUACCUUAAGAGAGAAUAUCUAAUUAGAAUUGAAUCAAACUACAUUGUGUGUUACACAGAGAUGAAAGAGCUUUUUAUUUUAACUGCUCUGGGUUUGAGGAUUGAUUUGUAAACUCUGGCCAUUUGCCCACAAGGAUGAUGAAGUGUUCUAGAAGGCAAAUUGCUAUCGUUUUUGAUUUCUUAAACUUUCUUGUUGAGGAGUGUGCGAUUUGAAUAAUAAGACUUGCACUUUUUAGCCUUGUUUAUUUUAAUUUAAAGCCUUACCACCUGUCUUUGAAUCGUAUCUGCAUUUCUGUCUGUAUUUCUUUUGUAACCUCAACCUUGACAAGGCCAGACUCUUUAGCUGCAACAUGUGGCACAUCUUUUACAAGCAAUCUCUGUGCUUUUGACAAAAAACCAGGGUAGGCAACAGUCACUGAGUAACAGUUGAUUUCACAUUGCAGAUCCUACAAAGUGUAACUUAAUGAAUUAUUUGUACAGGAGACAAAAUGGUUUUUCAGGCACUUCUCGGUGAAAACUCAAAGCGGUUCACAGGCUUUUCAAAAUGAAGCAAGCUGGCAAAGCUUUGAAGAGCUCAGUCAUUUUAGUUUUGUACCAUUCAUAAUUUACAUUCCUCUUGUGGGAAUUUCAGUUGCCAAGCACAAUGACAAAAGGAUGGAAUCGUAGAAAUCUUCAAACACAUUCAUACCUUAUGCCUUUCAUUGUUGCUGAAUAAUUUAUAAGAUCUCUGAGUUGUGGUUGGUUUUCUUCAUGGUCUUAAGAGGUGAUUUUUAACAGGUACAAGUUUGGUUUUCCUUCACAAUUUACACAUUGUUAGACAUGAAAAUGUAUCUGCAUUUGUGCAAUUUCAAAAUUUGAAAUUUUACUUAAGCAUGGCUAAAAUUCACAGUAUUUAUUCAUGUUUGGCAGGGGGUUAUUUAUAAUUGCACAAGGUUUUCACAAAGAAAGGCUAUCAGCCACCAAAUAUUUUGUUGUAGCCAUCAUUGUUUUUUUUCUUUGAAGUUUGUAUUUUAUUCACUGAAGGUAAAUUUAAGUUUAUUUGAAUAAAACUUUUCAGUGGCUUAAAGAAAUUUUGCCUUAGAACCUCAGAGCUUACUCCUUUCCUGUUUAACAGAUUAAACCUAAACAUAAUUUUAUUCACUCACUGUCUAGUAUUUCACGAAGAAUAUUGCACUUAAAGAUAGUUUGAUAGAAAAAUCUUCAACUUGAAAUGUAGUUGAGUGUAUUUCUGUGAAGAAAUAUGAUGAUAUCUAUUCACUGGCAAUCAAUUUGACUGAUCAGAAGCAAUCCAUGUUAAUGCCUAAACAGCUAUCUGCCAGGAGUUAAUUCAGAUUAGGAGGUUCUGUUUAUUUAAUGUGUUAUUGAAAUGGUGAAUGCUUGGUGAUUGUAGAUCUAACACAUCACAUUUCAGCUUGAAGUCAUAAUUCUCUCGAAAAUCAGCUGUGGUCUUCAGAUCUUGUUAUAACCAUUCCCACAGCAAUCGUGACUCAACACCAUAUUCUCUUUUUAUAUUUAUUCAUGACAAAUCAUGUUUUAAAAAUAAAAGAAGAAAGGUAAUAAUCUGCAUAGAUACUCCUAUUUUCAAAAUCAUUUUGAUUUUUACCAUAAGAUUUUUCUCAAUAAUUAUUGAUGGUUCCUGUUUGCAAGAAAACGAUAAACCUAACUUUGUUACACCAAUGUUGUAGACUUUGUCAACGGGAAAUAAUACUGUUGUUUUUAUUGUAGGUGAUAUUCUAUAUGUAAUUUGUGCAUGUUUUGGAUAAAAUUUUAUUGUGUCACUCACAUAUAAAUUUUUACAUUUCAUCAUUUUUACAAUGUUGUUUUGUAAAAAGGAAACUAAUUUAUUGAACUACCUAUUUGGAUUAAAACUGAAGCCAUAUGGCAUUUCAUUCACACAACUAACAUUUAAGGGCUGGCUACUUUGAAUACAUGUUUUUUAAUAUCAAAUGUGAGAGUGAAAGAAAUGACUGAUUUAUUAUGCUAUGAGAUGAAGGAGAGGAUGUAAUUUGUUGAAUUCCUGGCAGAACUGAUGCCGCUUAAAGCUGUUUUGCGUUGAUGUAGAUACCUCAGAAAAUCAUGUAAACUUUUAUCACAAAUGAACUUAUUAAUAUCAAGUGAAGUUCUUACAGAGAUUAUUACAUAAUUAUCAGUUACACAAGACACCUGUAAAGAAAUUUAUAUUAAAACUUUUUGAGUUCUACUUUUUCAAACAUCCCACUCUUUUGUUUAAACAUGAACAUUAUUAAAAAGGAUCUUUAAAUUGUAGCUUGAGAACAAAGAGGGACUACACAAGAUCAAACUGUAAAACUACUGCCCCAUGGCCACAUAAUCACCUCCAGCUACAGUAUUAUCUCAAUAUUGUAUCCUAAAGAUUAGCUUUGUGUUUGGCUGUACAUAUCAGUUACCUUUAGUUUAUCUUUUAUAAUGGCAAGACCCUGAUUCAACAGAAUGCUAAUGGUCUGAAUAAACUUUUGUUAUGUUGGGAUUAAUUCCAUACGAUUUGCUAUAAAUGAGGAAGAAUGCAUGUCAUUCAUUCUACCACAGAGAUUUCAUUAAGGAGGUUGUUACGUUAUAGCUGUUUCUUAUAAUUAUUUUGUUUCCUUGUUUAGGCCAUUCUGAAGUACCUAUGCUGUCAGAACGCUAUCCACCAGAGCCCCCUCACGGUGCUGUGGCUUUCUACCCAGCUUAUGGUGCUAAACCAGACUUGCCAAUUUAUGUGCCUCGUGGUGCCCACCCUCCUGGGCCUCCUCCUCUCCUGGCCUCCAAGAGAGAUGGCCCAGAGACCCAUAUGUUACCAGCAUUCUACCCAAGUCCUUACCCACCCCCGGUGAGCUUGUGACCAAUAUUGGUAGCGUAAUAUGACAGUCUGGUGGAAAAAAAAAAAGAAAUAUUAAAAUAAAAGACAAGAAGAUAACCUCUCAGUGAUAACUGUAAUUUUUAAUGCUUUUGCCUCCAUAAAUGCUAAAACAUCGCAGAAUAAAUCUUUAUUUUGUGAAACACAAGGACAUAAUUUUCUAUCUACAAUGACUUUUAUGCUGUAGUGUUUUGAAAUAAUAACUUUGUUUCGUGACAGUGACAAUGAACUGUUACUGAUUUUUACAGUUUGAUCCUCUCCGUUUUAGUAGCCAUUACCAGGCAGGAUACCAAAAAUUCCCCCAAUUUUUUCUUUUAAUACCCAAACAAAAAAGGAAAAUAGGACAGUGAGCUGUAACUUGAGAGAAUAGGAGAAGUGUCUCAGUAAGACAGUUGUUCUCCGAAGGGAGUUUAAAAAUCACAAGGGAGAGGGUCCAGAAAAACUCAGAAAUAGCUGGGAGCUGGGAGACUUGACAGCUUUAUAGAUGCUACAUGUGUAAUUUUAUCCAUUGUUUAAAGAACUCUGACAACAUCUGUUCUCCAAAACAGCUCUAAAUUUCAGCACAAUUUAUAAAAAGAGACAAGGGAACGGGGUUAUCCCCCUUUGCCUCCUGCCUAAGUCAAUCAAGGAUGUUGUGUUUGUAUACAGAAUGACUGACAUGGUUCGUACGAUCUUGAAAAGGUCUUCAAUUUUAGUAGUCGUCUUGAAAAGUCCUUGAAUUUGGUUAGGGUCCUUGAAAAGUACUUUAUUUCUUUAUUAACGUCUUGAACAGUCCUUGAAAUUCACUACCUUGUCAAAAAAUAUUUUUGUGUAGGGGCAAAAAUGUAAAAUAAUUUGAUCAACCAUGGCUGAAGAAGUAAAAAUUGUAAAUGACUCCUUGAUGUGUUUUAGCCAUUCAAGUGUUCAAGGGAGGAUUAAGAAUGCCAAGUUUUUAAAUAAAUCUUUCUCCUUGAAAAUUGUAAUUGUCCUUGAAAAGUCUGUGAAAUCUGUGUUUGUGUCUGAAGUCGUACGAACCAUGGGCUGGGGGGAAGAGAGAGGGUGCUUACCACUGUAAGAACUGGCCAGCCAAACCAGUCGAGAAUGCCCCUUUUAAUCAGGACUGUCCAUCCAGAUCAGCCUUGUCCUAAAUGUAGUGCAUGGUAGCAUUAUUGGUUUUCACGAAAAAUUCAAGAAAAGACUGAUAUUUCAUUUUCAAGAUGACCAGUCUAACCUGUUAGUUCUUGCUUUUAGAGAGCACCCUUAGUGUCUGCUUAUGGGAGGUAUUUCUUAGCCAAGGUUUGACUGAGGCUACAUUUGCACACCACCAGAUACAUUUUCGACUUGUGAAAAAUUUGACUUGACAUCUUGUUCACACAGGACCAUUCAACAUUUUCACUCUGUUCACACAGAAUAGCGUUAAGGUGGUUCUGUGUGAACAGAACAUGUAAACCCGGGAAAUUUCAACAGGUUAAAAAUUUGUCUGGAGUCUUGUGAACAUAGCGUGUGUGUAUACCCUUUUAAAGGCUGUAAUUAGUUUUGUUACUUUGUUCAAUACUUAUUUAUUUAUUUUUUCUAUGGCUAUAUAAUAUUAAUGUUGUUAUUUUGUCGUCAAUAAAAAAAUACCCUAGACUCAAUUUUUUUAAACUCCUCUAUACCUUAUACCAGUUCUUGUAUAAUAUUUAUUUUCUGUCUUUCUGCUUUAAGAUGCUGGAUCCUCAUGAUAUACGUUUUAGCACAUGGAGACAGCAGCGGGCAGCUGAACACUUAAGACAGCAGCAUGAACGUCAUUCACUGCUACCUGAUGGCACCAUAUUAGUGGAGCCAUAUGACAUUCCUGUCGCACAUGUUGGAGAUGCUGCGCGGCAUUUGCCUCCUGCAAGCGUUGAAUCAUUUGUUAGAAAGAACUCUCCUCAUCUGAGGCCAAGUGAUAAUUCAGAGCUGCGAGAAGCCAAGAAACAGGUGUGGAUGUGAUAGCCUUUUGAUUUUGAUAAUGUUCAGGGAAAAACCAAUCCUUGUGUUUUUUUUGCCUGUGUACUUGUACCUCAGUGCUGUAAAUAACAAUAAUUUGCUGUUACACGCUGGAUCGUGUGUUACUUGAAUAUUUUCCAUAAAUAACUGACUUAAGGUAUAGUCAAAUGGAUUGCAAAAUUGUGUAACUUGUUUUCCAGUAUUGCUGCUAACAAGUUGAAUAGCGAUGUUGUGCAUUUUCCCGCUUACAAAUCAAAUGUCUCUUGCAACAAAUCAGAUUGUUGCAGGUUACGAAACGUUUUUGCAGAAAUUAGAGAGGUAGUUUUACUGUUUGCAACAAAAUUGGUACAUGUUAUGCAUUUUACUGGCCCAAGCCAAACUUGUUUUGCAGCAAAUAAAAUGGCAAACUCCUGCAUGAAAUUUCUAUAAAUUAUCCAAUCAGAAGUCAGUGUUCACACAACUUGCAGCAACAUGAUUUGUUGCAAGACAGCUUUGAACAUUGGUGGUAAAACAUGCAACAUUGCUUUUCAUCUUGUUUUUUGUUGAAAGAUUUUUUUGUUUUCCUUGCAUGGUCCAUGAUUCCCUUUUCUACGGCAAAUGCUCAGUGGAGUUUAUGGAUUAAAUGUUUGUAUCACUUGAAUUUUCACACCAGGGUGAAAUGACUAUUCUGUCAUUUAUUGCUCUGUGGCUUUGCAGUAAUUUGUGGUUAGCUGUUCGAUGUAAAAAUUGAAAAUUAUCCCUUUUUUUAUUUCAUAAAUAUCUAGGAGGCAACUGAUUCUUCUAAGAAAGAUAAUGAAGUAGAAGGAACUUCUGGGGAACCAAAAAGAAGUUCUGCAGAGGGAUCACUUCAGCAGGGAAUGUACCAUGAACACAAACCUGGAUCGUGCCCUGUUCAUGGGCAUGGAGCACCCACAGGGGCUCCAACAUCAAGCUCAUCGGAGCCCCCAAGGAGCCACAGUCUUCACGUCCGAGGUGAUCCGGCCCUAGCUACUAAAAUGACAAGACCUGGCGAAUACAAAGGAAUGUUCCUCCCUGCUCAUGAAGUACCCAUUCUUCACCCAUAUUUAGUCCACCCCCCUAGGGAUGCUCCAUACCCUCUCCACCCUAUGGAUGGGAGACAUGCAGAUUUUAUACGAGAACGUGACAGACAGGUAGGUGUAAAGCAUGCUCCUUCAACAGAUAAUUAUAAUUAACUCCCAAGAGUGACCAACAUCAAAUUUCUGUCAACAAUGUCAAUACAUAAUGAAGAGAAAAGGUGAUGAGAGUUAAUAUAAUGAUCACCAAAGUAAAAUACAGUCAACUCCUGGUAACUUGAACCGUCUAUAACUCGAACCUUCCAUUAACUCGAAGCAAUUUUCAUUUCCCUUCCAAACAUUUUCCGAUAACUCGAACUUUUUUCUGUUUCCCUUGAAGGUUCGAAUUAUCAGGAGUUGACUGUAGAUCUUUUGUCAAGCUCUCUCACCUUAUUCGUUAAGGCAAUGCAUGGCGACAAAUGUGUGGAGAAUUUGUAUCUGGAUAUUGGGGCUUAAAGUUUUAAGGACACUUAGCUUAAGUUCACCCAAAUUUUCAACUGGCUGAAAGAUUUGACCAGACACUUUCUUUGCUCUGUUUACAUGUAAAUGAUGAACCAGGUUGAAUUUUGACCAUUCUCUUUACUUUUCUCAACCUUUCUCAGUGGUUUUACCAUCUGCCCAUGAGCAGACUGAUACUCUAGCAAAUCCAAAAUUGUUUCUACCAGCUGAAUAACCAUGCAUUCAUGCAACCACACCUUUGCCUUACAAAAAUUUAGACAAUCAUGGUGUUUUGGUCAAAUUUUACUGUACCCGCGAAAAAUUUGACCUCGAUUUUAGCAUUCAAAAUUUUUAGUAGUUACGCAUCUAAAUUUUCUCAUGGUUAGGGUAGUUCCUUGUGAAAUUUUUUGAAAUUUCAUCCAGUGUCAUGUGAACAUGAUAAUUAUUUUGUUUUUUUUAGUUAUCCCUUUCACUCCUGGACCACUUCAUGUCAAGAUUAUUUAUCACUCUACCUGAUAAAUCUCUCGACGAAAUCCUAUGGUGUUGCCAUUCAAAUAAAAGCUCUUUGGCAGACCUUUUACAUAGUCCUCUUUUUUUCUCCUGAUUUUACAAAAUGAAAUUUGAAUUUUUUUUGGCAGACCUUUUACAUAGUCCUCUUUUUUUCUCCUGAUUUUACAAAAUGAAAUUUGAAUUUUUUUCAUUGGUCACUAUUGGGAGUGAAAGAGAGCUAUUUUGAUCAAUACAGUCAAACUUCCAUGUUUGAUGGCCUGUCAUAAGUGACCACCUCAUACAUCUGUAAACCCUCACCUAUAGUAUCAAAAAUACCAUUUAAAGUACAAUAUUAAUCUUGACAUUUUAGGUGGUUGCUAAUGGGGUGGUUAACUGUGUUUUGAGAUCAGUUCUGCUCCACCAGUGCCUGGUGGCCUCUGGCACACUAGAUAAUCAUAGUUUUUUUCAUACAAAUCCUUCGCUGGGCACGCUGGAUUUCACAGGCUCAGACCACCAUGCUCUCUUCAAUUUUUCAUAGAGCACAUCCUUGAAGAUAGAAAAUCUUUAAAGAGAAGGGGACCUGUGUAAACUGAAAGAAGAUAAUGGAACCUUAUCUGAAAGCACCCAAUAUUAUGAGCCCGAACAUAGCUUUUCCUUUUUCUCCUUCAGGAGUUAUUACUACAUGAACGACUGAUGUUUGAACAGAAAGAGGGCCUUCGUGUUGCCCCAGGGGAAGACUGGUCACGGCAUCAUGUUGCCGGGACUAGGGGUUACACUAUCCAAGCCACUUCAUGGUCCUGGAAACCAGCAAAGUAUGAUCUGAUUUGUUCAGAUGCAUUACAAACCAGUUAUCUUUUAGUGGACUAGAUUUUUUCGACUAGCAAACUGGUGUUGCAAUUUAUUUCCCUUUGUUUGGGAGACAUGGAUAAAUUUCAUCAAUCGUUUGCUAGUGGAAACCAGCAAAUUAUCAAAAUACCUGAUUUUCAUUUCACAGAUGCAUUACUCUUAUAAGGCAACAAAAUGUUAAACCAAACAAGGUGUUCUGUUUUAGCUUUAAGAAUCUUGACUGAAAACCUAGACUUGAUGGUAACAAUAGUGCCAUAUAUACUGCCAUCAAAGGCAGUGGUGACGAUGAUGAUGAUGAUGGUGAUUGUUGUGAUAUUGAUAUUGUUAUGGUAAUGAUGAUAAUGAUUAAUGUGGAGAAAAAUUUUCAUUGUUCUGUUCUAUUGUUUCCUGUUAGACUUGUAGGAAAAUAUCUUUAUUAAUUUGCAUAAGUUGCCAAAAUUCAAGCCACCAAUGUGUAAAAUUGUUUAAUAAUCUAAUUUAUUAUUAUAAAUUUUCAAUGUACAAAAGUUAUUAUUGUCUCGUAGAUUUACAUAACACCCAGGACUGUUGUUAUCAUUGCAUUUUUAUCAAUGUUAUUGUUACUGUUAUUGUUGGGGAGCAAGGGAUGGCGCAGUGGUGAGAGCACUCGCCUCCCACCAAUGUGGCCCAGGUUCAAAUCCCGGUGUCGACGCCAUAUGUGGGUUGAGUUUGUUGUUGGUUCUCUCCUUUGCUCCGAGAGGUUUUUCUCCGGGUACUCUGGUUUUCCCCUCUCCUCAAAAACCGACAUUUCCAAAUUCCAAUUCGAUCAGGAAUCAGGUAGAUGAAGAACCACUUUCUGGAUGUGCUACCUCCAAAUCAUUAUUAUUAUUAUUAUUAUUAUUGUUAUUGUUAUUAUUAAUUUUUAUUAUUAUUAUUAUUAUUACAUACAUUUAGCCAGUCAUUUUGAUUGACAGUCAAUUCAUUUUAUUCUCUCGUCAGAGUCCACUCUCGAUUGAUCACCACAAAGGUGACCACAACUUACCUCGCUUAGCAGUCAGUAGGGACUCUGAGCACCUCUAUAGAGGGUUUCCAUUUCAUCCCUUCCACCCGCGACCCCCAGAUGGAAAGGGCUUUGGUGAUCGUUAUGGCAAUGAACUUGACCUACGGCACCUUCAUCCUGAAAGUUUAAGGCGGCCAACUGGCGAACCCCUUGAACGGCCAGGUAUGCGCGAACCACUUUACUUGGACAACCAUCCUUUUGCUCGUGAAGGUUUUCGUGGUGGCAUACCAAGAAUGGACAGAGGCAUUGCGGACAGAGAGUGGCAGAGAAGAGAGAGAACACCCCUUCUCAAUGGGGACUACAUUCAUGGUACAGAUAGCAGUGUAUUGGUGGGGAGGGAGGCAGGGUGCAAAGAAAGUCAUUUUUACAGCUUGCCAUUCAGGCAAGCUGAAGCUAACAUUUACUAGCCCAAAUAUCAUUUCAACUAGCCCAAAAAACGUUUUGAUGAGCAGAUUGACUUCACAGUUCCUCUGUAAUUUGAAUUCCUCAAAAGAAUUCAAUUGCCCGUCAGGCAAGUAAAUAACAGAAUUCACUAGCCCGAUAGCAAAAUCCACUAGCCCCGGGCUGUCAGACACUACUUUCUUUGCACGCUGAGGGAGGAGUAGUCUCUGUAACGGUGUAUGUGCAAGAUUUCUUAACCCUUUUAAGUCCCAAGAGUGACCAACAUCAAUUUUCUCCUAACAAAAUCAAUACAUCAUCCAUGGAAAAGGUAAUGAGAAUUGAUAAAAUGAUCAUCAAAGGCUAAAUGCUUUGAUCUUUUAUCAAAUUCUCUAAACCAAUUCUUCAGGAAAAUGUAUGGAGAUCAGUCUGGAGAAUUUGUUUGUGGAUGUUGGUGGCUUAUGGGUUAAAAGGGUACCUCUUCCAGGAGAGAUGAAAGGAAGAGAUUUAAAUGCAGGGACACAGUGCCUAUGCCUGAUAUUGAGACAUGGCAAUGGCAGAUGUUACUUAUGUUAACUAGUCUGACGUUCUUAGUAGCUGUUCCUUAAUGUAGCCAUUUGUUUUUUAGAAGAAGGUAACAGACUCUGCUUGCCCACCAACAACUUGCUUUCUUUUGUUGUUGUUGUUGUUGUUUUUCUUCAUUAACCGUGGUUAAAACACUUUGUCAAUGAUAUUGAAGGGUGGGUGCCCUAAAGGUAGUCAGAGAGGAGGCCAGUAAUCUCCUUAGAAGGUCACCAUGGCAACCAAGCCACAACCCAUUUCCAGGCAUCUACCGACGAUGUGUGGAAUGAAUACUUACCCAAAAAUGGGAGGGAGGGAGGGAAACAAAGCAAGGAAAGCAAAUUUAACAGGGCUCAUUAAAUUACACAUCAACAUUAUCAAAAAUAAUAAUAAUAAUAAUUGGGGAAUUCCUUGGUACAUAUGGUAAGUUCGCAUUGCUUUUAUGUGAUGUAUAUUGAUACUGGUUCUAGGUUUGGUAAAAGAGAUUUAGUGGAGUCAAAACGUGAGUUAAUUUUCAGCAUUACCAAAAAAAUAAUUGGGAAAUUCCCUGGUACAUACAUGUAUAGUGAGGUCAUAUUGCUUUUGUGUGAUGUAUAUCGAUACUGGUUCUAGGUUUUCCUUGGCAAAGUCUCGACCUCAUUUCACUAUGUUUUGUUGUAGAUGGACAGAGGCCAAAGUCCUCAGACAGAUCAUUGUCCCCUAGCCUGGCUGCAAGAAUAAAAGUUGAAAGAAGCACUGAAGAAAUUCAAGUUAAGCAAAAAAUGAAACUAAGACAUGAUCCUGGAAAAUUGAGAUUUCUUGAAGGAUUAGGUCUUGUAACUCUGGAUAAGAAAAAAGGUAAUCAAUUAGUAAUGUUACAUGAGUUUACAUGAGUAAUGUUAUAUGAGUUUCAACCUUGAUGUAAGGAGGUGUGAGUGUUAUAUGUUUAUUUGUCUAUUUUGCUUGGGUAUCAGAUGGUUUAAAAAUAUCUCUUUUCUCUUUUUUUCUCUAUCUUUCAUUCCCCUUCACCAAUGUUAUGCCUGGCUCUUGUGAAAAGGUGGUAUUUGAAAGAUAUUCCUGUGCAUUGUGUGGUUCCAGAAAAUAUUCAUUUUAGUCUGAUGGAAGGUUACUGGAAAUUCUGAGAGGGUAGGAGUUGUAAAAAGCCAAAAUAUUUAAAGGAUGGGUGGAGAGAAGGUGGGGGCUGCAAACCAGGAAACUCUCUACGGUAGAGUGUAGAUAUUUUCUGGCACAACACUAUCUUGGAUAAUGGAAGCUUGAGCAAACAGCCAAGAUUUUUCAAUGCCCCCACUAUUUUCCCCACCAAAUGAUGUCUGAGGGUAAAGUGCAGAAAUUCCAUACUGAUGAUGCGUCAUUAGUACUAUCCAGAUCUGGGUCGUGCUUCUGAUUGGUCGAAGCAAAUUUCCCUCCUGCCACCCCCACUGAUGAUACCAUUUUUUGUCAGAACUUUUGCUUAGUUCUAUUUAAUUUUUAAGGACUUAAAAAAAAUUCUUAUUUUUUUUUGUGGGGAAUGGGGCAAGGGGAGAUUUUUUUUCUUUGGCCUCUAUUAGGAGUCAAGGGGUUAGUGCUUAAAAAUUCCUUUGGAAUAGAGUCUGGAGACUUCUGGUAGGUAAUAUUAAACAAAACCUUGACCUACUAUACAUUUGUUUGCAGAGAUAAGUCAAGGGGAACCAUCUUUGAAGAGAAAAUACAGUGAUCAUGAAAAUGAAAGUGAUGUGGACUCACCUAGCAAUGAGACAACUCAGGGCAAUGUGAAUGGUAAUGAUGAUGACGACAGUGAUAGACGACAUACCCCAGAACUUCCUGUUCCUUGCCCAGAGGUCAGUGUAAUGAAUGUUCUUUUUGCUACUUUAAUUAAAUAUGUAAAUAUGAAGUUAGAUCCCUAGAGCACUUUCAUUUACAUGGCCAGCAACUGUACUUUCAGGAGCAGAAGAAAGUAUUGACAUAAGAAAAGAGUUUCACUCCCACAGGAUUUGUCUGGGACACGGACAUGCCUCCCGUUUCAUUGUUUUGGAACACCGAUGUGGCUGUCAUGACAUGUGAAAACAACUUUCCCUUGAGGGUGGGUGUUGCUGCCUGUGGUGGAUCCCAUUCCGAGGGUUGGCAAGGUUAUGCAUUGCUCUCUGCUGCAUCACUGGACUCCACCAGCCUUAUGGGCACCUCUCCACCCCCCAUACUCAUCUAUGUUGAUGAGUUUGAUGUUUUGGUCUCCCCGAAAAGUUAAAGGGUCAACUUCUUAACACUUCCGGUAUUAUUUUGAGAAUCAUAUUUCCGAGUUUUAGUGACUAUUGUUAAUAAUUUUUUAAAAUGUGCUAUAACUCAGGUAGUCAAAAGUAGCUGGCUGCCGGCAAAAAUGGCUGCCUACUUGGUUAGUAUCCGCUGGCAACUCUGCUUAGCAUUUCUUUACAGAUGGGCUUUUUUAAAUAAAAUAUCCCUGAACUAGUUGCUUACUUUGACAACUCAGCUGUCUACUUCAAAACUUUCUGACAACCCUGUAACUUUAUAUGAUGAACUAAAGGAGUUAUUUCUAAUACACAGAAGCUAGAUUUCAUGGCAAAGCUUGGAUUGCUGCCGCCACACAAAAGACAAGGUCAGUUUACCACUUGACAUGAUUUUGUUGUGAUUAUUUUCAGCCAUGCAGCUGCAUAUUGUGUUUUGAUCUCACAAAUCUAAAUGUUUCAUCUUUUAGAGCUGGAACAGUCCUAUGAGAUAAAACGAACUGAAAGAAAGAAUCGUAAAAGCAGAGGCCGCCCUCCAAAGAGAGCACGGAGAGAUAAAGAGGUACUGCAUUUAUAUAUAAUAUAGAAAAAAAUUUAGGAUUUUACUAAUAAAGUGAGCACCACAUAGCCCAAAGAUGACAUCAUGAUACUUAUUCCUUGCUUUGAGUUCAAGAGCAGCUCUGUUAAAAAUUUGGAGCCCUGAUUGGCACAUAAUCCUUUAUAUGGGUACUGGCCAUCUUACAUCUAAAUUUGGAGGUGUGGAUGACACACCACCCUCUCAAAACUCACCCAAGUAAUGCGUGUGGAAAUUAUGAAAAAAUAAAAAUGCAAAAGAUGUUGAGAUGUGAAACCUGGAAUGGCUGCAUUACAGGCUCAAGUAAAUAAUAACCAUUGCCCCACCCCUUCCAAGUGCUUAAAAACGGCAUGUUAUGAAAAAUAUUUCCACAUUACAACCUCAGGUGACUUAGGAUGCUGUUAUAAUAAUAAAUAUAUUAUUAUCUGGAAAAAAUGGAGGACGUUGGGGAUUAAAGUGUUUAGUGGUGGCUGAGAGUAGUUUUAAUGCCAAAUGUCUAGUAUGAAGGCUGAUUUUACUAUGCCUGUUUUGUCUUAGAAUGACAGGGAUUCAGACAACAGCCAAGGCUCACUGGACCCUGACACAAUAACAGGACCAAUAACACGACAAAAACAGCAACUCCUACAAGAGCAAGAAAAGAAAGAAAAUAGAAACAAGGAUGCAGAGAAACAACACUCAGUUACUAUAAAAACGGAGGAUGGAGAAAAAAGGACUACUCCUUAUGCUUUUGAUAACAGGAACUAUCGCCGUGGGAGUGAUGAAAGAUUCCAACAAAGCCCUAGUAAUACCAAUCAUCUUCCCCCUCGACUAACACUUCAGUCUCUAACUAACAUGGAAGAUCCCUUUAGCAAUGUUAGCGCUUCUCAAUUCCGACCACCUUAUCUUCGACACACAGGGCUCUUGUCAAUUUCACAUGAACAUGGUGGUGUAGCACCUCAUUUAAGACAAGAUCAUAGAACUGUGACUCAACCAAUUCGACCUGAGCCCUUAAGAAGUACAGGGAUUUCUCUUAGUGAAAAAGAGACAAGAGACUACCUAUCACAACAGUCACCAGGUUUACAGGGUCGUCCAUUCACAGCAAUGUCUUUGAUGGAUCAACAAACCACAAGUAGAAAUAAACAAGCUGUUCCUCUGAGCAAGGUGAGGUUGGAUUAAUUAUUUUUUAUCUUAAAUCAAAAUUCAUCAGUUUUCCUUCACUCACUUUAUUUACCAUACUGUAUUGUACUAUUACUACCCUUGUAUGCUGUCACUACUGUUUAACUACUGUUGACAAUUCUCUCUGUAAGCGUCAACUUACAACUACGGCGGAACCUCGAUAAACAUGUAGUGAACCUCUUUAUAAGGAAGUUCUCAGUAUACUGAACAAUUUUCUUUACCCCAGGGAAAAAGAACAUCCAUAUAUCAUAACCUUGUUAUAGCGAACAUAUUUAGCCACUCUUAACGGGUCAAACAGCACCUCACUGAAUGGCUCACUGUUGAAAUUCGUGCUAAUAAAGUCUUGGCUCUUUUUAAUUUUGUCGAUUUCUUGCUUAUAUAAGUGCCGUAGCAUCAGAUCAGUGAGUAGGUCAGACUGUUGUCGAAAGUGGCGAGCUAUUAGAUUUUCAAGGCUUUCGCGCCAUUUAGUUGGAGAUGCCAUAUUGCUUUCACCUUCAGUUUCCUGAAUUAGGACUUCGUCUUGCUCAGUAGAAGAGUUAUUUAGUUUUUGGCUUUGGGUCGUGGCUUUAUUCUUUGCUUUUAAAGGCAUGGCCCUCCCGAGUCUCAAGACCGGUUAACUCUAACUCUUGUAUGUGAUAUCAAAAUAAUGGUUUUAAAGCAACAAAUAAGUGAGCCCAGAAGUGACCAAAAUCAAUUUUCUCUUAACAAUUUCAAGAUAUCAUCAUGGUAAAGGAUUAUGAGAAUAGAUAAAAUGAUCACCUCGAGAAAAUUCUCUGAUCUUUUAUCAAAAUUAAUUUUUUCAACUAAUUCUUUAAGAACAUGUAUUGAGAUCAGUAUGGAGAAUUUGUUUGUAGAUAAUAAGAACAUGAUGCAACUAGCUAGGGUAAAAACGAGGAAAAUAUGUGUAACAGAGAAAAAGGCCAUCAUUCUUGAUGUUGUUCCCAUAAAAUAAGAAAGUGGUCUGUGAACCACAAUAAUUAUUUUUGCUUAUUUCUUUAUUUACUGAAUGAACAGCUUUUUGUUUAUUUAACUUAGGGAGAGCAUAGCAAGUUUUCUGAAGAGAAUGCACACAGAUGGCCAGGCAUAGAAGCAGUCAUGAAGUUAUACUACACACAUGCUGCAGGUUAAAUUACUGACAAAAUUAGUACUUUUUGUCAUUGUUGUUUCUGCUAGGGGUGGAAAUUAUAGUUCUGACUCAUAAAGUACAAUUAAUCUCAGAUUGUAUUUGUCAAUUAAACCUUAAAAGUAGUAGAUGUAGCCUACACCCAAAUGGGUGCAAACCCCCAGUAGAUUGUCACUUUCAGUAGUUUCCUUUUUAGCCAUCUCCUGUUUCCUUUGUUACCUAAGGAAAAAGGACAUCCAUUUUCCUUGCACAACAAAAGAAAUAGGAGGUGUUGACUAAAAGGCCGUUGCCAGUUUUUCAAACCAAGGAGGACUGAGGAGCUCUUCCUGACUAUCUAGGUCUUGUGUUAAUACUCCCAUAAUAGACUGACUCAUACCCAAUCCCUCUUGAUUUCAAACUGGGAAAUAGCUUGUUUUUUAACAUCAUCCUGUUUUUCUUACUGUUUUUUUCAGAAAGAGGACUGGAAAUAGGGGUACUCCAAGACAAUGCUGAUCUGUUGAAGUCGCAAAAUGCUUCCUUGAAUGAGCAGGCUCAAAAUCUUAGUCUUCAAAUGACAGUACGUUUCGCUAUGAAAUUUAUUACUUACUGUAAAUCCCCUAUUAAGGAAUCCCUUUUCGUGGGGUAACAAAACCCUUUGUUUCACUUAUUGAGGAGAAAGCCAUGACCCUGUUGGUAAUUUACCAUGAUGUGGCUAAAUGUAAUUCAGGCAAGGUUAAACACAAGACAAGUACUGGCCAGCAGUCUCCAUCACUUAUCCUAUAUGGACCAGUCUUGGUCUUUAACCCGGGCUCUAGUAAUUUUUCAGCACUGUCGCCGAGGUCAACCAUUUUGCUCAAACUCUUUUCUAUGUCACUAUUGCAGUUUCAGUCCAUCCAUAUCAUUUGCUACCAUUUCAUUUGUCAUUACCUUGAUUUUUUGGGCACUUUUUGGGUUAUGUAAAUCAUUAGAUAUAGAGGACAUUACAUGGCCACGCGGAGAUACGAAAUUUCUCUUUGAGUGUUGAAAAAUAUUUCACGAGUGAGUGCAGAGAACGAGUGAAAUAUUUUCAACAUGAGAAGAGAAAUUUCGUAUCUCCAAGCGGCCAUGUAAUGUUCUAUUAAUUUUUAUUAUAUGAACACCAAUGAAAUACCAAACCAUUUCACUGAAACAGUUUUUUCCUCCGAAAGGCGCGAUUUAUUAUGUAGCCAUAUAAACGGUGAUAUUUUCACCUGUGAAGAAAUCAUGUUUUCGCACGAAAGCUCACCUGGUAUUUCAUUGGUGUUUAUAUAAUAAAGUUAAAAUAUCAUAAAAUUAGAAAUAGGAUAUUUAAUUUGUUGAAGCACUAAACCUUGAGCAUGUAAAUAAUAAAGAAACAGACUAAAGUUACAGAGCUCAAAUUCCUGUUUUGGACAAAGGAAAUGACUUUCUGACAUGGCAAUAAUUAUUAUGCCUUAACAUAAUUUUUUAUCGUACCAUAUGUACUAUUAUCUAUUUGCAUUUGUGAUUAGUGAACAUAGUCUUUAUUUGUUAAUAAUUAUCUGCCAUGCAGGAGAUGGUGUGUGGGAAGAGGGGAAAGUGGAGGGGUGGAAUAUGAAUACCUUUCUUCCUUUAAAAGUGAUAUUGGUCACUUUUGGUACUUAAUGGUUCAAAAUACCCAUGGGCCAAUUACUUUUUGAUUUAAGGUAGUUUUUGGACAAUCAUUAAAAUAAUUUUGUAUAUAUUGAUAAUUUGUUUCACAAAGCAUUAAGAAUUAACAAAGCAUAAUGUAUAACUAUCUUCACUCGUUUUCAGAACCUUGUUCAAGCAAAAAAGGAGCUUCAAGAGGAAAAAAGUAAACUAAGGGAAGGACUAGACAAACUACAUUUCUUUAUUGAAAGCCUAAAAAGAUAAUAUAUUUGUAAAAAACAGUGUAAGAUUCUAUAUUUAAGAACUCAAUUUCUCAUGGCAUUCUCUUGAAAAAAGUUUUGCGCUUGUAUUAUGCACAGACACAGAAGUGUCAAAAAAAUAUUAACGUUCAGACAUUGUUAAUGUAUUUUUUCAGCUUAAAAAGAUUUCUAUGUUGUGCGCAAAGGUUAAUUUUCUCCAUGCUUUUGAAGAGUUAUUUGUUAGGUAGAUAUAAGGAAAGUAUAGACGAUGGAAAAGUCAAAUAAAAUUCUAUUUAAAAGUUAUGUAAUACUUGCAUUUUAUUCUUGUCAAAUACAUAUAUAGAGAGGAUAUUACAUGGUGGCGCAAAGAUAUGAAUUUUAUUUUCGAGUGGCAAAACAAUAUUUUACGAACGAGC